AUGGAGUGCCGCAGAUCAGAUACGGGCGAGGAGGAAAGCCAGUGGCAGAACACCUGUGUCACGUUCAUGUUUCUGUCUUCAGGGCUUAGCAAUGUCUGGCACCUAGUCAGCAUUCACUAAAUGCUUAUUGAAAGAACGUCCUGGCAGAUCCAGCACCGCAGUCCCGAGAAACGUUUAAAGGGAAUGUGGGCUUUCGUCCAGGCCCUGAAUGGCUAGUCUCCAGUUGGCUCCACAUCUGCCUGUGGGCGUUAUGUUCCCACAUAAUAAAACAGAAGCUCCAGGGCUCCACUCAGCCAAGCGCGACCCUUUUGAACAAAGCGACUCUUCCCAGCGGUCCUCCAUGGGACAUUUGAGGAACAGUUUCCAGAAGAAGCCUUGGAGGAACACAGAGCUGGAGCAGGAGGAGGACGUCUCCACUCACCCCAAAAGAGACAUCUGCACAAAAGCCCGGAGGCACUCCUGUCCCCACAGUGGGAGAAUCAGCCAGCAAGGCUCAGCAAACAGUCCCCGGGACGAAGGAAACGGUUUGUUUUACUUGUCAAGCCCUCAGCCACGGUAUCCCAAAGCAAAUGCCCAAGACUUCAUUCCCUUUAGGAAGAAACGUGUUGGAGUGGAUCGGGCAUACCCACUGAAACCUAUGGUCCACCGGAAGUCACACAGCACAGGCGAGGCAGGCACCGAUGGCAACCAGAAUGGCUACCCAAGACUCCCUGAGGCCAGAGAGUUUUCAGACAGCAGCCUAGGUUUGAGGAGCUGGGUGAGUUCGUCUAUGCUUGCCUCUGUGCAGGUAGAAAAGGCGGUGGCAGAUCUCCAUAGGACCAAGUGGACACAGAUCCAAAGACUAGAAGCCGCAGGCGAGAGCUUACAGAAGGAAAUCCGAAGAAAGGAGACACUCCUACGGGAGAAGCUGAAGAAGACAGAGGAGGGUCUUCGAAGGAUCCAGGAGGAAAAGAAACAGGCCAGGGAAAACGGAGGCAGAGAGCUACACAGAAUGACAGGACCUGGGGGCAGAGUUAGAGAUAGCAACAGCAGUGCCACGUACAAUCCCUGUUUAUCCCCAGGGUUCAGGUCUGAGGCGUUGAGACAGAACAGAGGAGAGGAUCACCCUUGUGAAGAAGCUCUGGAAAACGCUAGUCCACUCCAGCUCCCCGAUUCCGAAAUCCAGAGGCUCAAAAGAGAAAGGCUGGUGGCAAGCAACAAGAAAAUCCGAGAGCAAGACUCAGGGCUCCCCCCAGCAGACAAAUUCUCUCAACAGGCAGAGGAGCUGGGCAGUGCACGGCAGGCAUCAAGCUUGCCCGGAUUGCCAGGCUCCUCCGGGUCUAGCUCCUCCACGGAAGAGCCAGAGCUGGGCAAGUGCAGCCACUGUGGACGCAUGUUUCUCUCACUCAGGCUGCAGAGACACUCCACCGUCUGUGGCAGAAGGCAGGGGACCAAGAGGAAAGUGUUUGACUCCUCCAGGGCCCGGGCUAAGGGCACAGAACUAGAGCAGUACUUGAAUUGGAAGGGGCCAGCCACAGAUAAGGCGGAACCUCUCCGGAAGAGCACCUGGAGACAGAAGCAUGAGUCUUUCAUCCGUACCCUCCGCCAUGCUCGCGAGGUCCAGCAGGUUAUCGCCAGAGGUGGAGAUCCCUCAGACUUGCCUCCCAUCCUGCCUGCAGAAAACCCAGACUACGUCCAGUGUCCUCACUGCAGCCGACACUUUGCUCCCAAGGUGGCGGAACGACACAUACCUAAGUGUAAGACCAUCAAGAACCGGCCUCCACCCCCAAGGAGGCAUGACAGCUGAGUAGACAGAGGCAGACCUUCUGCUUCCGGGUCAGCAGGAAACCAUAGACCACGUGAUGUGGUGCAGGGAGAAAACAGAACUUUUCCAGAGCUCAGGAUCUGCCUACAGAGCCGAACAAUCCCUGAGGAGAGCCCACUGCUGCAUGGCAGGCGACCAACGCAAGCACUAGCAUCUCACGGAAUCGUAGCCUUGGCUGCGCGCCUGCGUAGGU